AUGACCGAGAACCUCCCUCGAUUCUUCGCCAAGUCCGGUCCAACCGAUGCUGACCCUAAGAAAACAAAGAAAGAUGGUGGUGGUAAGGGUAACUGGGGCCGUGAUGGCGAGGAAGUCCAUGACUAUGGUUACACCCUCAACAAUGCCCGCCGCCGUUCGAACAGCAGCACACAGGGCCUCGCCGACUUCAGAACCAAAUUUGAGACCAUCGACCCGGAGCCCGUUUUCGAAGAACAGGUUCACGGCGGCGAAGUGCUGAAUGAGAAUGGAGAAACCGUCACCAAGGUCGAUAGUGCCAGCAGCAACAGUCCUAGUGAGACUGAGCAGAAUGGGGCUAAGGUGUAA